UCCUCCUGCUUUCUGUCGCACAUGGACGAUGCUGCAGCCGAAGGCCUGUUUUUCAUCUGAAGUAAAUUCGGCUGAAGCGAAAGAUGUCGGAGGAAGAUCCGCACCGUGUCCAUCUUCAUCCCGCCGCCUGAUUCAGUGAACGCUCCCGUUACAGCGCAGUUAUUCACCGGCCAGAGGCGACAGCGGCUAUUUGUGAACAAUACACACAUCAGAGACCAAGAUGCUUCAGGGCUCAAAUGUCUUUGGGAACGAGCGGCCCCUGGUCAUCAGGAUUUCAUUCACCACCUGUGUGGUGACGACUGUGUGUCUGCCACUGCUCGGACUGAUAGCAUGUGUCUUCAUCUCCUCGGUUUUCCAUUAUGAGGACUCCACCGGCACACACUGCCAGGUUCCUAACUACCUGCCAUCCAUCAGUGCCUCAAUAAGCCUCAGCCCAGAGUGCCACAUAUGGCGCUUCUGCAUCGGACUGCACUCGGCCCCGAGGUUACUGGUGGCGUUUACCUACUUCCAAUUUUACAAGACGCGCUUCGCCUCAAAGUUCCCAGAGAGUGCGCUCAGCCGCUUGAACCUGGCCUUCGCUCUUACUGAGAACCUCGGCCUCUUGCUCCUCACGUACGUGUCGUCCAGUGAGACAUACUUUGUUCAUAAGGAAGGCUUCGUCCUGUUCCUUGUCAGCUCCCUCAUCCACAUGCUGAUAACCUGCCGUUUGUGGAAGGCUAUUAAGAAGUAUUCUCUGAGUCCUGAGGAUGCAAAGUCUCACCUGUGGAAAGUGCGUUUUUUACUUCUCAACGUAUCCUUCUGUGCUUUUGCCGGAUUCUUUUAUUAUAAACACAACAUGUACUGUGAAUCAGGGAGUUACACAUUUUUCGCCCUGUUUGAGUAUCUCGUGGUCUUCUCCAACAUGGCCUUCCAUCUCACAGCGGUGUGGGACUUUAAGAGCCGGGAGGUCAUGGUAAUUUCGUCCUCUGAAGAUAAAACCUUCUGACUACAAACACAAGGACUAAGUGCUAAACACACAACCACUCAACUCCCUGAUGAUAACAGCCCUGCUCCCACUCCAGAGGACAAGUGGGACGAAGGCCUCCUCCACAUAUUUCCGUGUUGACUGCUCUCGAGUCCUGAACAAGGUCCCGAUGUCAACGAGCAGAGACCGAUUUGCACAAGUGCUACUUUUAGCCUCAGUGUCUCAUUCAUGGAAGCCUUCACCCACAUACGGCACAUUACGUAUUAUAAUUUGCAGGUUUCAACUUUUGUAUAACGCACAACAUAUGUGUGGUCAUACUGUUUGUGUGCCAAAGUAAAGUGACAAGUGUUUUUAAAGUGUGCUUGACUAUUUGUGUGUCCUUUAAGUGUUUAAUCUCCAGAAACAAAAGUAAUACUCCAAAAACAGAAUUGAGGACACAUACAAACAUAUUUUGUUGUUUAUCAUGCUUAGAUUUUAAAUUCAAUUCUUAUUCCAUUAAUACUUAAUCCUUAUGCACAUUUUUGGGUAAAAUUUAAAUUGUAAACAACUUGUAUUACACAUAUGAAAAUAUCUGGACUUUUGUUAUCAUACACAUUAUUACAAGUUUUUUAGAAAACUUUAUAAAAUCAUGUCAAAUUUAAUAAAUAUUCGAGACUGUAAUAAUAGGUAAGAACACAAAUAUCAGAUUUACCAGUUUCUUGUUUGUGUCUGAACAAUCUCACAAUGCAGCUCUUCAGUGGAAUCCUCCAUUUUUCAAGCCUCUAGUGUUCAGAGUUUGUUUACACUGAAUCAGGGAAACGGAGAGUAUGAUACUUUUGUUCUUUCUACAGCUGUACUUUUACACAAAGAGAAGAUUCAUACUCACUGUAGUGUGACUAAUAAUUCUUUAAGCGUGUGGGCAAUACAAUAUAUUAAUAUAUACAUUAGUAUAUUGUUGGUGUUUUAUUUUAUACACCAAGACCACUGUGCAGUAUCCCUG